AUGGCCGACGAAAGCACGCCGCUGAUUCAACGCGUCGACGUCAGACCCCAUCGCGACCGCUACCCACACCAUCGCCUACGCUUUAUAUGCACUACUUUGCUCAGCGCAACCAUAGUCGCAGGAGGACUCGCUGCAAUCUUCAUCUUCAGCUUUGCGCCGCCCAGCCAAGACGAAUUAGCCCCUGCAUCGCGACUUUCGACAUCUUCGCUAUCAACCUCACAGAUACCCGCAGGAUGGACACGAAAGUCGGCCCUGGAUUUCCAAGACCUGCAGAAGUCGCUGCUGGAAACACCCAAUGCUGAAAAAGCAGAGGAGUGGAGCAGAUACUACACAAGCGGGCCGCACCUUGCAGGCAAGAACCUCAGCCAAGCGCUGUGGACCAGGGAAAGAUGGCAGGAAUGGGGAGUCGAAAGCACAAUUGUUGACUACGAUGUCUACAUCAAUUACCCCAAGGGCCACCGAUUAGCCCUCAUGGAGAGCACUGGGCACACAGAUGACAUGGCAGACAGCACCACAGUUACUGGCCAAGAUUGGAAGGUCAAAUACGAAGCACGACUGGAGGAAGACGUCUUGGAUGGGGAUGGAUCAAGUCAACUCGCUGAUCGUGUGCCCACCUUCCACGGGUACAGCGCCUCGGGCAAUGUGACGGCGCCAUAUGUUUUCGUCAACUACGGAACAUACAAAGACUUUGAGCAGCUGCAGGCGGCAAACAUUAGUCUACAAGGCAAGAUCGCCUUGGCCAAGUACGGUGGCGUCUUCCGCGGUCUAAAGGUCAAGCGUGCGCAAGAACUGGGCAUGGUCGGCGUCGCUAUGUACACUGAUCCUGGUGAUGAUGGAGAGGUGACCAAGAAGAACGGCUUCGCGACAUACCCCAACGGGCCGGCCAGAGAACCCAGCAGUGUCCAGCGAGGAAGCGUCCAGUUUCUGAGCUUUGCACCAGGUGAUCCUACCACUCCAGGCUAUCCCUCAAAGCCCGGCUGCCCCCGCCAGCCCGUUGACCACGCCAUGCCGCACAUCCCCUCGCUUCCCAUCUCCUACCUCGAUGCAUUCCCCCUCCUCAAAGCGCUCAACGGCCACGGCCCGAAAGCCUCGACCUUCGACGAGCAUUGGCACGGUGGCGGGCUGGACUACAUGGGCGUAGAAUACAAUGUUGGACCUUCGCCUGACCACUUAGUGCUGAACUUGGUCAACGAGCAGGAGUAUGUCACGACGCCUCUGUGGAACGUCAUCGGAAUCAUCAAUGGCACCAUUCCCGACGAAGUAAUUGUUCUUGGCAACCACCGCGACGCUUGGAUUGCUGGCGGUGCUGGGGAUCCUAACAGCGGCAGCGCAGCGCUCAAUGAGGUCAUUAGAAGCUUCGGUGCUGCUAUGCAGGCUGGCUGGAAGCCCAUGAGGACAAUUGUCUUUGCGAGCUGGGACGGCGAGGAGUACGGCCUGGUUGGAAGCACUGAGUGGGUAGAGGAGUACCUGCCCUGGCUCUCUGGUUCGACAGUCGCAUAUCUGAAUGUCGAUGUUGGAUCAGUCGGCCCGGAUUUCAAGCUGUCAGCGGCGCCCUUGCUGAGUAGAGUGGUUGAGGAGGCUGCGCACGUGGUCAAAUCCCCGAACCAGACAAUCGCUGGUCAAUCGGUAUACGACGUAUGGGACAAGCGUAUCGAAACCAUGGGCUCCGGCAGUGACUUCACCGCCUUCCAAGAUUUCGCUGGCAUUCCAAGUAUCGACAUGGGCUUUGGUGGCGAUCCCAAAUCUGCUGUCUACCACUACCACAGCAAUUACGAUUCGUUCGACUGGAUGAAAAAGUUUGGAGAUCCAACCUUUGAGUACCACGCUACGAUAGCAAAGGUUUGGGCACUUGUAGCAGCAAAGCUCAUCGACACACCUGUUCUCCAGCUCAACGCCACGGACUACGCCAUCGGUCUGCAAAAGUACGUUGACGCCGUCAAACAGAAGGCACACGAUGCCGCACCUAGUAAAGACCUUGGCGAAUUCUGGCAAACUCUUGAUGAAGCCGUAUCCCACUUCCAGUUCUCGUCUACCCUCCAUGAUGCUACCGCCUCUGAUCUCACGAUCCAAUACUCUAACAUUGGCGAUAUACCCUGGUGGCAGCCCUGGAAGAAGGUGCAGCUGUACCUUGCCAUCCGUGCGAUCAACACCAAGUACAAAUACCUGGAGAGGAAGUUCUUGUUCCCUAACGGCCUGGAUGGACGAAGCUGGUUCAAGCACGUCGUCUUUGCUCCUGGGAAAUGGACCGGCUAUUCAGGUGCCACGUUCCCUGGUAUCGUUGAGGCCAUAGAAGAAGGCAACGAGGAAAGUGUCAGAAGAUGGGUUGGUAUUGUGAGCAAAGCUAUUAGUAGCGCUGCAGACUGGUUGGAGGAGUAA